AUGAAGAAGCCAGUGCCUCAGAUGAUAAGGAAAGAAGCGACUCCAGCAACGGGGAGCAGUCACCAACACAAAUCAAAUCAAAAACAACAAAGAAUAAACCUCCGAAGAGGAAAAAGAAGAAGAGCUCAACUCAGGCAAAGGAGAAGACAACCGCUGCUGUCAAGGACUUCACACAUCCUGAUGAUGUCGAUAUUGAUCAAGUGA